AUGGCCGAUCUGAAUCGACUGGACUGCUCUGGAUUGAUAGGGUUUGCGGCGGUCCGCAUCCACCCGGCCAGAGACUUCCAGGGUUGCUGGUCGACGCGGAAAGAACGAGGACGUGGCAUAUGUGUAUGCCCUCGCGAGGAGGGCGGUCGUUCUCUGGCUGCAAAAACGCAGUCCUGCAACCUCGCCACUCUUCGUUCCAUGGGAAAGGUUUCCAGGCUGAGCCCGACGAGACGAUAUACCAGGACUUUGGCGAUCGCUCGAGGGCAGCUGGGCGCCCGAAUCCGCUCACACGUCCAGAAUAUCGCUCUGCUACGCGUCUCGGCGGACGAUGCCCGUGCUGACCGAAAGAUGCAAGGGCUAGAACAGGAAAACGAAGACGUCGUCGACCGGGACCUCCAAGACUCGCCGUUCCGCGGCAUGGGACUGCCCAGCCGCGAGGAGAUCGACGCGGUAUUGAAGGUCCAGAAGAAAGAGGACAGCAGCGUCACGGCGAAGAUCCAGGGCAGGCAAACGAAUCCGUCUUUCUGCGCAUGCCGGCGAGCCACACGGGGAGCCCACGGUUGCCCGUUCACGGAUGCGAAAGAUCUCCAGAAGGGGUCGGCCCGGGCGGACAGAUGCGGCUCGAGCUCGGACGUUAUGCAACAUACGUCGAUGUGGCCCUGGGGCUUCACAAGGCACUGGACCCUUAACAAGUUUCCAGGGAGAAAUGGCACGGCUCUUACUGAUGGGCCAUCUUGCGGCGUUCCUCGGCGAGCGCGGCACGCGGCUGCAGGAAGAGGGGGGUCGGCAGCAUUUUCCAAUACAUCGGCGGCGAGGGCGGCACCGGCAAGUCUCGCGUCAUACACGCCAUCAAGGACAUGUUCCGGCUGA